AUGUCAUUGCCUGAAUACUCGCCCACUGCUCAAGAGAUCACUAGCUCAUUAAAAGAGCUCUUCCGCAAUGUCAACAAAUUGGUUGACGACUUCGUGAACAGCGAUGACAACAGCCGCAGGCUUUCAGAAGACAAGGCUCGCCGAUUCGUCUGUGGCAACUUGUUCAUUGACAGGCUGGACGAAUUCCAUGGCAAGAUAGAGAUGUUGAAAGGCUCUCCAGCCACUGAAUGGUCGGGGUUUAUGGCAGAGAUGGCUGCCAAAAACAAGCUUAGGCCUAAGGAGAAGAAAUUGUCCUUUGGCGAGCUGUCCGCACUGACUUCAGCCGAGUACCGCGUGCUUGGAGAGAAUGAAAGAAGGCGGUUGGAGUCAGUUGCCGCCGCCACAAACAAUGCUGAAAUUCCUUCUUUACUUGCUAGAAGCGAGCAAUUUGAAGAUGAUAUGAAGAAAAUGAACAACAAUCUGAAGUAUUUGAAGACCAACUACAACACCCAUGCUUUUUUGAUAACGUACACUGAUACUUUGCAUGAGGAAUUGUAUCCUUCAGGCUUGUAUAGUAAUUCAGUUAAAUACUCUUCUAUGACAGCGAAAUGCGUCAAUACUGUCAAUGCUAAACUUUCAACAUUUUUAAUCGUAAGCUGUUUGAGAAGAAUGGUGUUGGGCAACUCUGUAGUGCGUUCUAUUGAAGCACAAAGGAUUGCCCCCGCUCCUCAUAGACAGACAAGAAAACGCAAGCAAUUGCAUUAUCCUGUCUUGCCUGCAGCUAUCAAUUUGCCGGCUUUUGGUGACCAGGAUGACAGUUAUGCUGAGGCCGAUGAGGCUGAGGUGACUCCUCUUGUUGAAUCUGAUGUGGAUGUUGAUGCUGUCAAUGUCGCUUUUGUUGACGUUGUUGGUAAUGACAUUGGUACUGAUACUGACACGAGCGAUGAGAACGAGGAUGAUCAAAAUGCUGAGGCUGAUUCCGAAGGCGUUUUCAGCAGUUAUGAUGAAAGUGACAAUGGAGACGACAAUGAUCGUAGUUAUUGUAGUGGUGACAAUGAUGAAGAUGAAGAGGACAUCAACAGCGCCUCCAGAGUGCCAGAUUACGCUCCCAACUCUAAGCAAUUGCCGGUCCCAGCAAAGCUACGCGGCCCAUCUGCUCACUCUGCUGCUAUCAUCUCCCAUGCCGCUGUUAUCACCUCUCCUGCCAUUGAUCAUGAGCCAGUAAGAAAGCGAACCAAGACGGAUAUGAAGAAAAGUUUGCAGAUUGCAGUCUCUGCAGCCUUCAAUGAAGUUAGCAGAAGACAAUACAAAUGUGUUCCUUGGCUGUCUUUGUUCAAUGACGCGAAGACGCGUAGUUUGGGCGUGAAGAUGGUUGGAUGGCCCACUGGUAUUGUUCGUGACGGGAAGACGUCCUUCGAUGUCUAUGACGGCGAUAAUUCAAUGGAUACACUGCUUCAGGGCUUUGAGGACAAAACCAUCUACUUUGAAAUGCUGAGAGCUGAUGAUGAUGACAGUGAUGAAGAUAAGGGCAACGAUAAAGGGGAUGAAGAUGAUAACUGA